AUGUGAAAUAUUUUACACAUAUAAAUAAAAAAUUUUUCAUUAGGAUGGCAGUUCCGGUGUAGGUGUUGAAAAAUAUACAACUAGAAAAGCAAAGAUGGCUUUCAAACUGGGUGUUUUUAUUAUAAUAUGCAUAUAUCUUCAAGUAUCAAAUUGUGCCCUUAACAAGCAGGACUAUGGUGUUCACCUAACAACUGAUAGUGCGAAAUGGGUCGAGAAAUGUCGGGCUAUAACUGGAACGACUCAAGAAGAAGUGGACGCUGCUGCUCAGGGUAUGUUUCCAGAAUCAUUCGCGCCCUACAUAUCAUGCCUUUGGUUUGAAUCAGGAGUGUUAAAACCCAACUUGGAAGCAGUACCUGAGAGGUUGAAGCACUACUGGCCUGUAAAAGUAAUUAAACCAGAAGAACUAAGCCAAUUUAUACCAUGUGCCAAAAGUGCAAGAGAAUUAGGCUCUGACGUACCAAUAAAUAAAAAGAUUCUGGAAAUGACUAAAUGCCAUUACAAAAUAAACCCAGGGAAAUAUAUCAUAUUUUAACAAAACGAUAAAAAGAAGAGGAAAAGGACUUUGCGAAUCUUUAAAUUUAAUUUAGUGUAAUUAUUAAUUGUAUGUUCUUGAUUAUUAUAUUAAAUAAAAAUUCUCCACAACAA